CGCGGCUGCGCAUGUUCCUACCGGGCUUUACGUUAAUUUUGAACGUGUUUACCGCUAAAAUGUUCAUUAAGCGAAUGUUUUCGACGUAACAACAGUUCAAAAACAAAAUGAAGUGUCAGUUCUUACAUUUAGUUCCGUGAGUGUUGAUUUUAUUGUGAUAAACAACAUAGAAGGAGUUGAAACAAAUGUGUGUGAUCCAUGUGUGAAUGUUGUGCUACAAAAUGUGGUCGAGGAACUUUGUACCGGAUUAUGGGAUUCAAUUAUUGUCAUUCGUCUUUUUGGUGACGUCGGCGGCGUCCAGGAUCGAGGGCGUCGAAGGUUUCGUCUCAUGUUCACCGUCGCCGUGUAAGAACGGUGGUACCUGUGCAUCGUCACCAAGAGGCGAAUAUUACUGCAACUGCACCACAAGAUACGCCGGUGAAUUCUGCCAACACCUAAACCCUUGUCAUAGCGAGUCGAGCUCGAGAUGCCAGAAUGGCGGUACUUGUCGGGUCAGACCCGGAGUCGGCGGCGGCCCCCCGUCUUUCGCCUGUGAUUGUCCCUUGGGGUUCAGCGCUUCGUUAUGCGAGAUCAGAGUACCAGCAGCAUGCGACUCUGCGCCUUGCCUUAAUGGAGCCACGUGUCGGCUCACCUCUAUUGAGACCUACGAGUGUGAUUGCCCUCCUGGAUACACAGGUGUCGAAUGCUCCCACGAAGACCAUUGUGCAUCUCAGCCAUGCCGUAACGGAGGACGCUGUGUAGCUGACAACACGACCGCGGCCGGCUACUCCUGCGUCUGUCCACCUGGAUUUACUGGCUCUCGAUGCACGGAAGACGUUGUCGAAUGCUCUAGCGGCUCUGGUCCAUGUCACCACGGUAGAUGCUUCAACACCCACGGCUCGUAUACGUGCGUUUGUGAACCUGGGUAUACGGGAAGAGACUGUGAUGCGGAGUAUGUUCCUUGUGAGCCGUCUCCCUGUCUUCAUGAUGGAAGGUGCACGCCGUUGGAUCAACUCCGAUACGAAUGUGACUGUCCGCCAGGAUACCGCGGCCAGAACUGCGAGAUUGACAUCGACGAUUGCCCCGGACAUUUGUGCCAGAACGGAGCGAGCUGUAUCGAUGGUAUUAACUCUUACACCUGCGAGUGUCCGCCCACCUUCACGGGGACCCUGUGCGAAACUGACGUCGAUGAGUGCGCAUUGAGGCCUCUGGUAUGCCAGAACGGUGCGACGUGUACCAACUCAGUGGGCGGAUUCUCCUGCAUUUGCGUCAAUGGCUGGACCGGCCCCGAGUGUUCGGUCAAUAUAGAUGAUUGCGCCGGCGCUGCUUGCUUCAAUGGAGCUACGUGUAUCGACAGAGUGGGCGCAUUCUACUGCAAAUGUACUCCGGGGAAGACGGGUCUCCUGUGUCACUUGGACGACGCUUGCACUUCGAAUCCUUGUCACGCAGACGCCAUAUGUGACACAAGCCCCAUCAACGGCUCCUACACGUGCUCCUGCGCCUCCGGAUACAAAGGUCUGGACUGCUCCGAGGACAUCGACGAGUGCGAACAAGGUUCUCCCUGCGAGCACGACGGGAUCUGCGUCAACACCCCGGGCUCCUUCGCCUGUAACUGCUCGGUCGGUUUCACCGGACCCCGCUGCGAGACAAACGUCAAUGAGUGCGAGAGUCACCCAUGUCGGAACGACGGCUCCUGCCUGGACGACCCUGGCACGUUCAGAUGCGUCUGUAUGCCUGGUUUCACGGGAACUCAAUGCGAGGUUGAAAUCGACGAAUGCGCUAACAACCCUUGUCUGAAUGGAGGAGUUUGUCACGAUAUGAUCAACGCCUUUCGAUGUACCUGCGUUAUUGGGUUCACGGGGGCUCGUUGUCAAGUCAACAUCGACGACUGCGCGUCUAGUCCGUGCCGUAAUGGCGGCACGUGCCACGACUCUAUAGCUGGAUACACAUGCGAAUGUCCCGCGGGCUAUACAGGUAUGUCGUGUGAGACGAACAUCAAUGACUGUUUGUCGGCGCCGUGUCACCGGGGCGAGUGCAUCGACGGGGACAACAGCUUCACCUGCAACUGUCAUCCGGGGUACACGGGCAGGGUCUGUCAGACCCAAAUCAACGAGUGCGAGUCGAAUCCCUGCCAGUUCGGAGGGCACUGCGAAGAUUUGAUCGGUGGAUACCAGUGUCGCUGUAAGCCCGGUACUUCAGGGAGGAACUGUGAAAUCAAUGUGAACGAGUGCUACUCCAACCCUUGCAGGAACGGGGCUACGUGUAUUGAUGGCAUCAACAGAUAUACCUGCGAAUGUAUUCCCGGUUUCACUGGACAACAUUGCGAGACGAACAUCAAUGAAUGUUUGUCAAAUCCUUGCGCUAAUGGCGGCAAAUGUAUCGAUCGAAUUAACGGAUUCAGAUGCGAAUGUCCAAGAGGAUACUACGAUGCUAGAUGCUUGUCCGAUGUUAACGAGUGUGCGUCGAAUCCGUGCACCAAUGGCGGCUCCUGCGAGGAUGGCGUCAACCAGUUCAUAUGCCACUGCCUUCCUGGUUACGGAGGACAACGUUGUGAACGCGAUAUAGAUGAGUGCAGCUCGAACCCUUGUCAACACGGCGGCACUUGUCAUGAUCGACUGAACGCUUACAAAUGCGACUGUAUUCUUGGAUUUACCGGCGUGAACUGCGAGACGAACAUCGACGACUGCGCCGGCAACCCUUGUCUGCACGGCGGCUCGUGCAUCGACCUGGUGAACGGGUACCGCUGCGUCUGCGCCCCCCCACACUCCGGACGAAACUGCGAAAACACCCUCGACCCUUGCAUGCCGAACCAAUGUCGUCACGGCGGGCGGUGCGUGGCGGAGGCGUCGUACGCGGAGUUCACGUGCCAGUGCCCGGUCGGGUGGACGGGCGCGCUGUGCGAGCGCGACGUGGACGAGUGCGCGGUGACGGCGCCCUGCCACAACGAGGCGACCUGCAUCAACACGGAGGGCUCGUACGCGUGCCUCUGCGCCAGGGGAUACGAGGGCAAGGACUGCGCCAUCAACACGGACGACUGCGCAUCGUUCCCGUGUCAGAACGGAGCGACAUGUCUGGACAGCAUCGGCGACUACAACUGUGUUUGCGCCAGCGGCUUCGCGGGCAAGCACUGCGAGGUGGACAUCGACGAGUGCCAGUCGAGACCCUGCAUGAACGGCGCCACUUGUAACCAGUAUGUUGCGUCAUACACGUGCACGUGCCCGCUUGGCUUCUCCGGCAUCAACUGUCAGACCAACGACGAGGACUGCACCGAAUCGAGCUGCAUGAACGGAGGGACCUGUAUCGACGGCAUCAACUCUUACAACUGCUCCUGUCCGCCGGGGUACACCGGCUCCAAUUGUCAGUUCCGCAUCAACAUGUGCGACAGUUCACCGUGCGACAACGGCGCGACAUGUCACGAUCACAUCACCUACUACACAUGUCACUGCCCGUAUGGCUACACCGGAAAGCACUGCGAAGACUUUGUUGACUGGUGUGAGAACAAUCCGUGCGAGAACGGAGCGACAUGUUCGCAGAAAGGUCCCCAGUACACGUGCACCUGCGCCCCGGGAUGGUCCGGGAAACUGUGCGACGUCGAAAUGGUGUCUUGUAAAGAUGCUUCCAUCAGAAAAGGCGUAAAACUAAAGCAGCUCUGCAACAACGGCACCUGCGAAGACAUCGGCAACUCUCAUCGUUGUCACUGUCAGGACGGCUACACCGGCUCCUACUGCCAGAAGGAUAUUAACGAAUGCGAAUCCGCUCCUUGUCAGAACGGAGCUCUCUGCAAGGAUCUCGUCGGAACUUACCAGUGUCAAUGCGCCAAAGGUUUCCAAGGACAGAACUGCGAGCUCAACGUCAACGACUGCCUGCCGAACCCGUGCCAAAACGGAGGAACAUGCCACGAUCUCAUCAACAACUUCUCAUGCUCCUGCCCUUUCGGCACUUUGGGGAAGAUAUGCGAAAUAAACGUUAACGAUUGCAAACAAGAUGCGUGUCAUAACAACGGCACUUGCAUCGACAGAGUCGGCGGCUUCGAGUGCAAGUGUCCGCCCGGCUUCGUCGGACCGAGGUGUGAAGGCGACAUCAACGAGUGCCUCUCGAACCCUUGCUCGCUGCCCGGUACACAAGACUGCGUGCAACUCAUCAAUGACUAUCACUGCAACUGCAAACCCGGGUACAUGGGAAGGCACUGCGAUGCCAAAGUCAACUUCUGCGCUAACUCGCCCUGUCAAAAUGGCGGCAUAUGCACCGCUAUACAGGGUGGCCACGAAUGCUUGUGUAACGAAGGCUUUUACGGGAAUAACUGCGAAUAUUCAGGCUACGCUUGCGAUUCGAAUCCGUGUCAAAACGGUGGAUACUGCCACACUUCCCAAAUAGGAGGAUACGCGUGUGAAUGUCCGUUGGGAUUGUCCGGUGUCAGCUGCGAAAUAGAUUCAAUGAACGAAUGCUUGAGUAACCCGUGCAAGCAUCCGGAGGCACGGUGCAUAGACAAGCCCGGAGACUACAUAUGCUAUUGUCCUAGACAAUGGACAGGGAAGAACUGUGAUAUUCACGAUCACAACGCCAAAGGCGGAUACGGUAGUCCGAUAACCGGCAUUUUUAGCAACAAAAAUCCGGGACUGACUCUAGAGGAACUUGAUUUAGCCUUCCAAAGAGAGCAGUGCGUUAAAAAGGGCUGCAAAGAGAAACAGGGUGACCACCAUUGCGACGAGGAAUGCAACACGUACGCGUGUGAAUUCGACGGCAACGAUUGCUCGUUGGGCAUCAAUCCGUGGGCAAACUGUACGGCUCCGAUCAACUGUUGGGAGGUGUUCAUGAAUGGUGAAUGUAACGAGGUCUGCAACACCCAAGCUUGUCUGUUCGAUGGAAGGGACUGUCAAAAGUCCCUACAGAGAUGCAACCCUAUAUAUGACGCGUACUGCCAGAAACAUUACGCCAACGGUCAUUGCGACUACGGCUGUAACAACGCCGAAUGUAAUUGGGACGGUCUUGACUGCGAAAACGAACCGCCUGAUUUAGCCGAAGGAGUGAUGUCCGUCAUCCUGCUGAUGGACAUGAAGACCUUUAAGGAGAACUCGGUGGCCUUCCUCAGAGAUCUCGGUCAUCAGUUACGGACCACCGUUCUGAUAAAGAAGGAUCAUUUAGGUAAUGACAUGGUGUUGCCUUGGAAGGGCUCCACUGACGUUGGACUGGAAGAGACCGAAUUCGGAAAGAAACAUCAUAUUGUUUACACGGAAAGAGGACAGUCCGGUGUGCAGGUGUACUUAGAACUUGACAACAGAAAAUGCACUACAAUGUUAAGUUCAGAGUGCUUCUUCUCAGCCAGAGAAGCCGCCGAUUUUCUUGCAGCCACGGCCUCCAAACAUUCGCUGUCACCGGACUUUCCGAUUUACCAAGUCAAGGGCGUAAACCCUCCUAUUACUGACGAAGUUCCUACAAACUCUAAAUACGUCUUCAUUGGAGUCAUUUUGGUUCUGCUAGCCGGUCUCCUGAUAGGAGUUUUAGUAACCGCUCAGAGGAAACGCGCCGCCGGCAUAACAUGGUUCCCAGAAGGAUUUAUCCGUUCGAACUCCUCGACACGGCGUCGGUCACGCCGCCGUGGACCAGACGGCCAGGAGAUGCGGAAUCUCAAUAAAGGAUCCAUAGGCUGUAUCGACGUCGAUAUCAAUGGAGGCCACAUGGGUCCACCGCACUCUUGGUCUGACGAAGACGACGAUGGCUCGGCCCCUCCCAGAGCCAAGAGAGCCAGAGGACCAGGUGACGCGAAUGGGGCUCCAGGAGGCUAUGCCUCAGAUCACACGGCCAUCACUGAUUAUGAGGAAGCCGGCCAUGAACCAAGAGUGUGGACUCAGCAACAUUUGGAUGCGGCAGAUAUCAGAGUACCGCCCAGUAUGAUGACCCCGCCUGCAAUCCACGACAGUCACGUGGAUGUUGACGUCCGUGGACCGCUGGGUAUGACGCCGCUGAUGGUAGCCGCAGUGAGGGGAGGAGGUCUGGACACCGGCUCCGACGUAGAAGAUGAACAGACAGCCCACAUUAUAUCCGAACUAGUCGCUCAGGGCGCUCAGCUCAACGCGGCCAUGGAUAAGACCGGGGAAACGAGUCUGCAUUUAGCCGCGAGGUACGCCCGUGCGGACGCAGCCAAGCGCCUGCUGGACGCGGGCGCGGACGCCAACUCGCAGGACAACACCGGGCGGACCCCGCUGCACGCCGCCGUCGCCGCCGACGCGAUGGGCGUCUUCCAGAUCCUACUGCGGAAUAGGGCCACCAACUUGAACGCUAGAAUGCACGACGGAACCACGCCUCUGAUUCUGGCAGCUCGGCUUGCCAUCGAGGGCAUGGUGGAAGAUCUAAUCAACGCCGACGCGGAUAUAAAUGCAGCAGACAACAGCGGCAAGACAGCCCUGCACUGGGCGGCGGCUGUCAAUAACGUUGACGCUGUCAAUGUACUACUCGCACACGGCGCCAAUAGGGAUGCGCAAGAUGACAAGGACGAGACUCCACUAUUCCUGGGAGCGAGGGAGGGCUCGUACGGCGCCUGCAGGGCUCUCCUCGACGCGAUGGCGAACAGGGAGAUCACCGACCACAUGGACCGGCUGCCGAGGGACGUGGCACAGGAGCGGAUGCAUGACGACAUCGUGAGGCUCCUCGACGAACACUGUCCGAGGCCGCCUCCGCAGCAUCCGCAUCUCAUGACCUCGCCGAACCCGCAUCACCAGCUGAUAAGUCAGCCGACAGUGAUCGCGUCUGCGGCUAAAGGCAAGCCCAAGAAGCCCAGAGCGAAGGCCGGCCCAGACAGUCCUCAGGAUCAAGUUUACGACAACAAUAAUCUACAACAGACACAGAUAAGACGGAAACCAAGCGUAAAAAAGAGCAAUAAAAAGAUAGCGCAGGAAGUGCCGCAGAGCGUUGAGAGUCUCGGCUCCAGCCUCAGCCCAGUUGAAUCGCCGCUCCAAAAUUUACAGGACUUGCCGUCGCCAUACGACGCAACGUCACUGUACUCGAACACGAUGGCGCAGUUCGUCGGCAUGGAGCAGCUACUGCACCACAAGCAGCCGCCAAGCUAUGAGGAUUGCGUCAAGACGGGUCAGACGCUGCAACAGUCGUACGGCGGCGGCGCGAUGGGCGCGUCCUUGUCGCCGCCCUACUCCAACCACUCGCCCACACACAGCAACCAGACCACAUCGCCGCACGCUUACAUGGGCUCGCCGUCGCCAGGAAAGUCGCGACCGUCGCUGCCGACGUCACCGGCGCACAUGGCGGCGUUACGUCACUCGCACCAGCACCAGCUGGACGCGUACUCAGCACUCGCACAUCUGAGCGCGAGCAGUCAGCACAACGCGCAGCUGCAGGCGGUGAUGACGCACGCGGCCGCACUGGGCCAGGUCCAAGGGGCGCAGCAUCCGGCUCUCACCAAUCUUAUGUCGGGCUUGUACAGUUGGCACACCGGUAUGGGUGACACGUUUCCGACGCCGUCUCCCGAGUCCCCGGACCACUGGUCGACCCCCUCCCCGCAGACACCCCUCACGCAGUCCCCGCACUCCGACUGGUCCGACCGCGCCGCCCUCUCGCCCAACGACAUCCAACAAACGAACAAAGGCGCCGAAGGCAUAUACAUUUAGUACGGUAGAUCAGUGUUUACCGAUUCGACUUUCUCGAAAAACGCUUUAAAGCGCUUUAAAGCUGCAAUGUAUAACAAAGUUAAUGACGAAACCAACAAUUUACGGUGUACACGGUAGAUAAGGCAUAUACAUUUAGUACGGUAGAUAAAUACUUACCGAUUCGACUUUCCCGAAAAACGCUUUAAAGCUGCAAUGUAUAACAAAGUUAAUAACGAAACCGACAAUUUAAGGUUUACACGUUAAAUAGUAGUAAAAGUGGGCGGAUUAUUAUACAGAUAAACUAUUCCGGUAGACCAUUUAUACUGGGUGUUAGGAGACCGCUUCCGAAAACAAAAAUUUUGUAUCUACAAAGUUGUAAAUUUUGGGGAGCGCGGUAUAUCAGCGUCGGUGUGCGUGUAAAAGAAACGCUGCGCCCGGGCGUUCGUUGAUCCGAGGAUCAGCUGUUUUUGGUUUUGUGUUUCAUUGCUGGUUUUUUUUUUAAAUAAAUUAAUGUUUUUUUUAUGAAACUAUAGUUUCAUUUAUCUGUACUAAAAUGAUGGAACGUAAAUAAUGCUAAUAAAACGUUUUAAAAAUAUGUUUUUUUUUUAAAUCAGUAAUCAAAGGUGUCUUUAGUACUAUCAUCUGUCUUCGUUUUCGGAAGCGGUCUCCUAACACCCAGUAUAUAGAUAUAUAUAUAUCGAAAGAGCCUUUUAUGAAAAAA